GAUACUGUGCUUGUGUGUGUGCGUGUGUGUGUGUGCGUGUGUGUAGCCUGGUUGUCCUCAGCGCUCUCGAUCUCUCUGGACUGGACUGUACGUGAACAUGACUGACGGGACUUUCUGACACGCUCCUCAUGCUGAAUGUUCACACUGCAGACGGAUGGAAUCAGCACCUCUGCUAACAUCGUGAAGACUGACAGCCAGGACAGCAUACUUCACACAGUGGCAGAUUCCUCUGUGGCAGUGCCGGUGUCGUGCGUGGCCUUGUUUCCCAUGGACCUCCGGGUGGGAGAGCGGGGGAUGCGCCCUGGUUCGGACACGGCGCUCCUCACCCCGCUGCACCCGCCUUUACUCCUCAGCCCGUUCUCCCCUCAGCCCCGCACCUCCUUCUCCCAACAACAACUGCACCAGCACAUCCGGUUUAACAUGGAGCAGAGGAGGCGAGAGCAGGAGCACCACGAGAAACAACAGGAGCUGCAGCAGCUGAAACACAAAGACAAGAGUCAACAGAGUGCGGUGGCCAGUUCCCUGGUGAAACAGAAACUCCAGGAGGUGAUUCUUAAAAAGCAGAAACAGGCGGCGCUGGAAAGAACGAACUCCAACACUCUGACAGCAGCUCCUGUAGCUUACAGAAAUCUGGGCCCAGACCCUAGUUUAUCCUCCCAGCCUCUGGUCUCGUCUCCGUCACAGCCUUCUCCUGAGUGCUCAGAAGGGACGCCGCUCCGCAGAGCAGCGUCUGAGCCCAAUCUGAAGGUGAAGCACAAGCUGAAGAAACACCUUAACACCCGGAAGAGCCCGCUCACCCGCAAAGAGAGUGCCCCGGCUACUGUCAAACACCGAGUACCUGACACACUGGACUCGUCCCCCAGCAGCAGCAGCACUCCGGUCUCUGGCUGCAGCUCUCCUAAUGACAGUCUGCCCAAUGAGAACGGGCUACUGCCAUCUGCAGGCGGCCUCUCACACGAGGCCCAGAAGCUGCUUCUCAGAGAUGGCACUCUAGCUAACUUCACCAUCCAGAGUCCCUCCACUCUGCCCACCAUCACACUGGGACUACCAGCCAACGCCAGGGCUGAAGGAGAGCUGUCCUCUCUGAAAGUCGGCCGGGUGCCAGUGGUGACGGCUGGGGGCUCGCCGGUCUUCCUCCCCAUGAGCAGAGAGGAUCAGGCUGGGCAGCUGAAUCCUCACCUGCCUGUCAUCAUCCUGGAGUCCUCUGGACUGGUACACACUCCACUACUCACUGUUCCAGGUCUAGACCAGGUCCCGCUACAGUUUGCCACGCAGUUAGACCACCUGGCUCCUGGAGGCGCUCAGCCCCACAAGCCCCUGAGCAGAACACGCUCAGAGCCCCUCCCCCAGAGCCCGCGGACCCUUCACACGCACCUACUCCAACAGCAGCACAACACACAACUACUGGAGAGGCUCAAGCAGCAGACCCACCUGGGCAAGCUGAUGUCAAAGUCAAGUGAGAAGCCCAGACUGCAUCAGAUCCCCUCUGAGGAUAUGGACUCGGAGGAUGGCGGAGGGACGUCGCCCACGGAGCCAACCUAUCAGAGCAGAGGGAGGGCGGAGUCUCUGAGGGAGACGGAGCCAACAGCAUCCAAGAGCCAGGAAGACCAAAUGAACCUGCAACACGCACUCAUACUCAACCAGUCGUUGCUAUGGGAACAGCAGAAACAGCUGCAGCAGUUGCAUCGACAGAUGGAGACCCUGGCAGUGCCCAUGCUGCGCGGCAGCGUCGGGGUUGGUAGUGGGUUGGGUGUCCAUCGCCCCCUGUCACGCACGCAGUCAUCCCCAGCCUCCACCUCUCUCACUCUGCCUGAGAAACCCCUGAGCCUGGCCGGACAGGAUACCAGCAGCAAACCACGCUUCACCACUGGCCUGGUGUAUGAUUCUCAGAUGCUGAAGCAUCAGUGUACAUGCGGAGACAACAGCAGUCACCCAGAGCAUGCUGGGAGGAUACAGAGCAUCUGGUCCCGACUACAGGAGAGAGGCCUGAGGGGACAGUGUGAGAGUAUUCGAGGCCGUAAAGCCACUCUGGAGGAGCUGCAGUCAGUCCAUACAGAGCGCCACGUGUUGCUCUACGGCACCAACCCGCUCAACAGACUCAAACUGGAUAACCGCAAACUGGCCGGGAUCCUCUCUCAAAGGAUGUUUGUGAUGUUACCAUGUGGGGGUGUAGGGGUUGAUAAUGACACCACCUGGAAUGAGUCGCACACCUCUACGGCAUCACGCAUGGCAGCGGGCAGCGUUGUUGAGUUGGCCUUCAGAGUAGCCAAAGGAGAACUGAAGAAUGGCUUUGCUGUGGUCAGACCACCAGGGCAUCACGCAGACCCCUCCAAUCCAAUGGGCUUCUGUUACUUCAAUUCUGUGGCCAUAGCCGCCAAGCAGCUCCAACACAAGCUCAGCGUCAGCAAGAUCCUCAUUGUUGACUGGGACGUUCACCAUGGCAACGGCACCCAGGAAGUGUUCUACAGUGACCCCAGCGUUCUCUACAUCUCGCUUCAUCGCUAUGACGAUGGAAACUUCUUCCCUGGCAGUGGGUCGCCAGCUGAGGUCGGUUCUGGAGCAGGUCAGGGCUUCAAUGUGAAUGUGGCGUGGACAGGAGGACUGGACCCACCCAUGGGAGAUGCAGAGUACCUCGCUGCAUUCAGGUCUGUGGUGAUGCCCAUCGCCCAGGAGUUCUCUCCGGACGUCGUUCUGGUGUCGGCUGGGUUCGACGCUGCCGAGGGGAACCCUGCUCCUCUGGGAGGGUACAAGGUCUCCGCUAAAUGUUUCAGCUUCCUGACUCGCCAGCUGAUGUCUCUAGCAGGAGGUCGUCUGGUUUUGGCCCUUGAGGGAGGUCAUGACCUCACAGCUAUCUGUGACGCAUCUGAAGCCUGUGUCAGUGCACUCCUGGGUAUACAGGACCCACUUGCAGAAGAAGUCUUACUUCAGAAGCCCAACGCUAACGCAGUCCACUCCCUGCAGACUGUCAUACAGAUACAAAGUCAGUACUGGCAGAGUGUGAAGGCUUACAGUGGAUCAGUGGGUCUGUCCUACCUGGCUGCUCAGAGAAGAGACUGUGAGGAAACAGAUGCUGUCAAUGCUCUGGCCUCACUCUCUGUGGGAGUCCUUUCCAACAAGAGCCUCCCCGACGAGCCAAUGGAGCACGACAGUGACUCCAUGUAGAAGAAUGCGACCAAUCACCUUACAGGACUCACUUUCAGGAGUUUGGCUCCGCCUGUAGCCUCGGAUCUCCCGCGCUGUCACAUGACCAUGAAGGGGACGUGUUUUAAUGCCACUGAGCCCCACCGAUCUGCCUUAUUCACACACAUGCACAUCCACCGACACACAAUGCUGAACCUCUACAGACCUGCCGUAUGAGCACCUCAAUACUGGUAACCACUCAGCUGAAGCCAGCAGCACUGCCUGCAACUGGGAAAACCUUCUGAAACCUCACCAAAGAGCAAUACCAGAUCAUUCUGAAUAGACUUUUCAUGUCUCCUGACUGACAUUGGAUUUUGUGUGUGUGUUCAGAGGUCCAGAACUACAGCUCUGUGACCACAAACCUUAGAAGAACAGACAGAAUUCAGACGCAGAGUCCAGCUCUGAUUCUUCUUGAAGCACUAUGUACCAGCAGCUGUUUUGUUGCCUUAACUUUGCCUUAACAUAAGGACCAACAUCAGGUUUCAGAAGGAAACUUUGGAUUAUAAAUUCUUAUCUCUUCUUCAACUUUGCUUCCCACGUCGGAGUUGAAGCAAAGCCGACCAAACAGGACGCAAAAUGGACGACGGAUGGAAGAAUGAACCUGUGACAUCAAGUGAAAGCAUAUACGCAUUCACCUGAUGGAUAAGAUGCAAAAUAUCAACAAAACGACGUGGCCACAUCACAAAGAAAGAAUAUGGAAAAAAAAGACGGAGAUUGUCCUUUUUAACAAUGUCAUUACAUGCAGUUUAACCACUAAAAGAAGACAGCAAAGAACUCGAGGGAAAGAGAGAAAAUGAAGACACAAAACGGACAACUGUGGUUUUGUAGAAACAAAGAAGAGGCAAAUGUCCUUGUUUUAUUGCACUGUUCAUUCCAUAAUGUGAACCAUAAGAAAUUCCAAAGCUCUGGGAAAAAAACAGCUUCUCUCUGUAGGUUAUUUAAUAGUUUUUUGAAGAUUUGGAUGAACUGGUGUUUGCUAUGCUUUUCCCACUCACCAUGUCUUAUGAAGUCGCUGACUCACUCUAAGGACAUUGUAUUGGCCGAAAUACUGUCGUAUUUCCUAUGAAGUUAAUCUGAAAAGUAGGCAAGAUUUUAAGAGCAGGAUGAGUUUUCACUGCUGUUCAGUGUCUUAGAUGCACACGCAUACACACAUACAUACCUGCACACACAUGUACAAAGCAAUGAUGAACUAUUGAUGUACCACUAGUAUUGAAUACUGUAUAUUAUUGUUUAUAUUUGAGACUAAAGGAACAGUCAUUCCACCAUGGCACCACUGAGGACCAUUGUAUUGUUCUACAGUAGCAAUAAUGUUAAUGCACUUAAUGGACAUGACCCAAAGAAAACUGCCUUAAGAUAGCCUGCACUUGGCAACACAAGGGACCAGUAUGGAUACUGCUCUUACAGCGACUCUACUUUUUAAAAACAUUUGAACCUGUGGAUUUAGGUGAACAUCACAUAUGCAGACUUUUGUAAACUGUUGAAGUGGCCUGGCUUGCUGUUUUCGAAAACAAAUCAGUUUUGGAGUUCCAGGCUUUAUCCCAGGCUAAUUAAGGAAACUAAUGUGUUGUGUUUUGUGAACGUGAGUUGUUUUUUUUCCGUAUGAGACUCUUCUCUGCAACUGUGCUUGGUAGCAGCUCUUGACGUGUUACAAUCAGAGUAGACAAUGCCACGCUAAACAUCAUCUAGUCGGGCGUUUGAAGUAGAGGUCAUGUUGCUCAUUCGUUUAAAGGAUUUCCUGACUGCCCUGCUGCACUGGCAUGUAAGGGCUCUGCAUUCCAACAGUAAAAAUAACAAGAUCGUGUUUCUUAGUUCGGAGGUGUAGCAAUAUAAAGCUAGUUGAUGUGCGUUUUUCAUGCACACUAGGUUUGAUCUGUGUAGGCCAGGCAUGUCCAAACUAUUCCAUAAAGGGCCGUGUGGCUGCAGGUUUUCGUUCCAACCAAGGAGGAGCACACCAGGCCAACCAAUCAACAUCAAGGGAUCACUGAGUUAUCAGCUGAAGACUGAGCUCAGCUAAUUAAGCUGGUGUGCUCCUCCUUGGUUGGAACGAAAACCUGCAGCCACACGGCCCUUUAUGGAAUAGUUUGGACAUGCCUGGUGUAGGCUUUUGAUGACCAAUACUAAUAUUUUUAGAGUAGAGCUGCAGAUAGUCUAGAUGACUAGAUUUAACACAAUUUGAGGUAAACUGUCAACACGAAAGCUGUCCAAUGAAACUGAGACUAAUGAAAUUCAUAUUUGAGUGGUUAGCUGCUCCCAACGUGGCCUUGCCUGAAAAUUGUUGCUUUCCUGAGCUCUCCUUUGAGCUCUUCACAUCCAUGAUUGGAUUUAAAGCAGCACAAUCAGAUUUUCAGCUCUUGUAAGCAAAGAUUUGAUAUGGGGAGACUUGACUUGGUGUAUGUGUGUAAAUGCAGCUUUUGUAGAAUCCACAUUGAGAUUAAAACAAUCUGCACAGCAAGUUAAUUCGACUGGCCGAAGAAAGUUUUUUCAGUUUAGCAACCCGGCAGGAAACUUUCAGUGUUGAGUUUGCUUUAGUCAGACCCUGGGCAUCGUCUGCCCAACAGAAGGCCUCAGAGCUUUUAUAUUAAACAAGAGGACAGCGGAAACCCAAAGUGCAGAAGUCCCACUGCUGUUGCACUACUGCUCCGUCCCAGUAUGAAUUAUUCAGAAAAUGUUGCAUGGAGGAGUGGUGUUCUGUCAUGGGUGCAACUGAAAUGGUGUUGUUCAUAGUAUUCUUAACAGUAAGUGAUGGCAUUUAAACAAUAUGCUGUGUCUCUCUUAUACAGCAUGCCCAGCAGAGGCAUGUUUCUAUGAAGUAAAUGUUGUCCAAUGUGUCAAUGAGUGUAUGCUGUACGUGUGACUGUGAGAGUGUGUGACUGCAUGUGCACUAGUACAUAUGUAGACUUCUGUCAUGCAUUUGUAAGGGUUAGCGUGUGUGUGCGUGUUUGUCCGUCAAAUACUGUAAAUGACCUCUCCUGUAUUAUAGUCCCAGUGUUUGUUUGGUUUUUUGUCUUAUGUAGAGGCCAGUAUUGCCUCAACUCUUAAUUCCCUUUAUUAUUGAUGUCAUUUGUACCUUCCUCUUAAAGAAAGACACUGUAAAUAGAACCUCCAAGACCAAAAUACACAUGACACACAUGUGCCUUGAUGCAUUCAGUAGUAUGUGUAUUGGUAACUCUUAACUAACUGGACUUACAGUAACUCUGUAUCUAUAAACAUGACAUUGAAAUCUUUGUUUCAUGCUAUUCUUUAUUAUUUACCUAUGUGUUAUUUCUCCUUCACAUUUCCUACCAUGUGUAUGUAUAGAAAGAUGUCUAUUUUGUACUGUUAUUAUUGUCUUUUUCUCUUGAUUAAAAAAGAAAUCAUUUCCA